AGAACGUGAUUCUCCGGCCCAGCGCACGGGUCGGAGGAGCCGCCGCGGCGUGCGCGCGCGCCCCCGGAGGCAGCGGGCACGCGCACGUCCCCCGGGCCACCGCCCCUCCCAGGCCCGCCCUCCUUCCCUCCCUCCCUCCCUCCCCGGCUCGCCUGGCCCGCCCUGCGAGUCAGUUCGCUGGUUCCCUCCCUCCCCCGGCGCGCUCGGGUCGCCACUGCGCUCCCCGCCCUCGAGCCGCGGUGCCGGAGCCGCCCGCCGCCCGAGGAGGAGGUGGAGGGAGCCGGAGGGGCCCGCCGAGGCGGCGGCGGCGGCGGCGGCGGCAAGAUGGCGGACUUCCUGCCGUCGCGGUCCGUGCUGUCCGUGUGCUUCCCCGGCUGCGUGCUGACGAGCGGCGAGGCCGAGCAGCAGCGCAAGUCCAAAGAGAUCGACAAAUGCCUGUCGCGGGAGAAGACCUACGUGAAGCGGCUCGUGAAGAUCCUGCUGCUGGGUGCGGGCGAGAGCGGCAAGUCCACCUUCCUGAAGCAGAUGCGGAUCAUCCACGGACAGGACUUCGACCAGCGCGCGCGCGAGGAGUUCCGUCCCACCAUCUACAGCAACGUGAUCAAAGGUAUGAGGGUGCUGGUGGAUGCUCGAGAGAAGCUUCACAUUCCUUGGGGAGAUAACUCAAACCAGCUCCAUGGCGACAAGAUGAUGGCCUUUGACACUCGCACCCCCUUGACCGCCCAGGGAAUCGUGGAAACUCAAGUUUUUUUGCAGUAUCUUCCUGCUAUAAGAGCUUUAUGGGCAGACAGUGGCAUACAGAAUGCCUAUGACCGGCGUCGAGAAUUUCAGUUGGGUGAAUCCGUAAAAUAUUUCCUGGAUAACUUGGAUAAACUUGGAGAACCAGAUUACAUUCCAUCACAACAAGACAUUCUGCUUGCCAGAAGACCCACCAAAGGCAUUCAUGAGUAUGACUUUGAAAUUAAAAAUGUUCCUUUCAAAAUGGUUGAUGUAGGUGGUCAGCGAUCCGAAAGAAAACGUUGGUUUGAAUGCUUCGACAGUGUGACGUCAAUACUUUUCCUUGUUUCCUCAAGUGAAUUUGACCAGGUGCUUAUGGAAGAUCGACUGACCAAUCGCCUUACCGAGUCUCUGAACAUUUUUGAAACCAUCGUCAAUAACCGGGUUUUCAGCAAUGUCUCCAUAAUUCUCUUCUUAAACAAGACAGAUUUGCUUGAGGAGAAAGUGCGAAUUGUGAGCAUCAAAGACUACUUCUUAGAAUUUGAAGGGGAUCCCCACUGCUUAAGAGACGUCCAAAAAUUCCUGGUGGAAUGUUUCCGGAACAAACGCCGGGACCAGCAGCAGAAGCCCUUGUACCACCACUUCACCACCGCCAUCAACACGGAGAACAUCCGCCUUGUUUUCCGCGACGUGAAGGAUACCAUUCUUCAUGACAACCUCAAGCAGCUCAUGCUCCAGUGAUGUACAAAAGACUUGCUGUUUUAAUAUCUCUUUGUCCUUUUGAUUGUUUUCUGUUUGUUUUGUUUUUCAACAUAGCGGUUUACAACAGGAAUUAGAACAAUCUUGAUUCUCUGUUUAACUUCUUGGAAAUCUUAGUCCUCCUUCUGCAGAGUUUGGUUUGUAGCUGAGAGCUGCUGAGUGACACGUUGCCAAUAUCUGCUGAAGUUCAGCUUUGAUCUCUUUGACUCUGGCUCCCAUUGGAGUGGAGUUGUGACUUCCUGCCAGUCCUAAGACUCGGUAUAUUUCAGGCUUUAAACUCUUCCACUUUUCAAACGGAAUUCUCCUGUAGUGCCAAGUGUAGAUGACCUUAGCUAUUCGUAGGUAUGAGGUUAAGCAUAUUCAGCCCUAAAACAAGCGAGAUAUCUCUUUAUCUGCCCUACCCAUAGCAGCCACACUUGAGCCCAGCUUUAUGAUGCCCUGUUUCGGAAAGGCCAUUGGAAAACAGUUUGAUCUAAGGAACGGCAUUCUGUAGGUUUACCCUUCAUGUUUUUCUGAUUGCUUCUCUACACAGCAGUUGUUUUGUUUUUCAGUUUCUCUGGUUUCUGAGGUAGUAUUCUUAAGUGUUUUAAAGUUUACAUAAGGAUCUCUGGUCUGAUGCUCAUGAAAGUUCUCAGAUGGCACAGGGGAGUAGAAGGCAGGCACAGACCAUCAGUGUUUUGAUUAAAAGUCAUGAGUGGAAUAUAAUUUUCCCAUUUCCCAUUUAAAUAUCAUGUAAUAAAUGUGCCGUAUGUGAGACUUUCUGGCCAUCGCAGCAACUAAAACGUGCAGGCAACUUGAUGACAGAACUUUCUAAAUCAGUACACCCUUCCCCCAGAAUGCCGUGUGGGAAUCACUGCUGCACCGUCACAAACACUGAUCUUUUGCUCUCCUGUCUGUUCCUAGAUGGGGGCAUUUAUUAGAUUUUUUUGUUUGUGUGGAGCUUGCCAGCGGCAGUAUUUUCCUGUCAAACUAUUCAGGAAGGCAUUAUUUGAGACUCCCAUUCAUUCUUGGUAUGUUUGUAAAAGAGUAUGUACAUGUUUGCAACAUUCUUUUUAUGAAAUCCCAGCUUUGCUGAGGUACAUUUUGAAUGUCUCAAGGAUUCCUCUAAGAAUAAAUAGCAAUUUUUUUCAUUCAUCCCAAUUGCAUUUGACCUCCGCCAUCACUCACCAAGUCAGAAUGUACCCACAGAGUAGCUUUGCGAUGACAGAUGCUUUCCAAGUGAGCUCCUCAGAACGGCUCUUGGCGGUGCUCAGAGUGCUGCCUGCAGGUGAUGUGUGGUGUCAGGACGGGGUUGGAGAAACUUGAGUGCGAGGCUGGUGACGGUCUGGAGAAUCUGAUGGCUUUUCUCCUUUGCUUGAAACUUGUGUUUAAGACUGAUGUCGGUCACUUCCCUGUGUAGCUGACUGUGUUCUCAGGUAUUUUGUUAGUAGCUAGAGAGUCUUGAAAGAUUGGUCAACAUUAUGGAUCCACCCAGCCUUGGCAAGACAGUAGCUCUUGAUCUGUCUCACUAUCUCAGUGAGAAAAGGGCUUUGCAGUGAACGAACCAGGGAUUGUUCCUUACAUACCUGACUUCUCGCAUUUGAAAUUCUUCCCUCAUUGCAUCUGUAACUGCCAGUGUCUUCAUGUCUUGGUAGCACCUGGGCUACCAGCGUGGAGGCCCACAUCGUAACGCAAGCGUUCGCAGUGGAGUUGUAACGCGUGGGCAUUUGAAUAGUUCUGCAUCUCCUGCAUCAUCUGACCAAAAACAAUCCGUCGUUCAAAUUCAGAGGUCGCCAUUUCACUGCUAACGAGUAUCUGAAUAAGGGCACAGGGACAUUGAGACUUUCGGUGGAGCGUCUGUCUGUAUCUAGCAAAUGAAUUUAUUAAAAGGCCCAAACAUUUAAUUCCAGUGAAGGCUAAAGUCACGUCCCUGUAUGAAUAGCAGGAAAGAUAGCCUUAAUUAAGUUACAUUAAGAUCUGUGAUUCAAACCGUAAAUGUUGCCUUGAAGCAGAAAUCACUGUUUUGACUACCACAAAGAAAUGUUGAAGUACCAAAGAGGUAUGAUAUUGUCUGGGGCAUUUGAGAUUUCCUUUCCUGACGUAUGUGACGCCUCAGAGUCAGCUUUCUUUUAAAAGAAAAUCUAGACAGUAUUUUAAGGCAGUAAAUUACUUGCAUUUAAUGGCAGGCUUGUUUAGACACUCAGUGGAACUGUAAGAUUUAAUCUGAAGGCUUUAGUCCACAUUUUUUUAUAUUCUGUAUUUUUAAAUGUUGGCAGGAGUCCUGUGCCCAUAUCAUGAAAAUCAGAUCUUUUCGAAAUAGCGCUAUAUGAAGGGGGAGAUGUUAUUUAGUGAACAAAAUUGAAAGGGUGCUCACCAUUUUCCCUAUGCCACUUCCCCCCAGUCUCUAAAAAUAUAAUUUGAAUUUAAAGAUCUUUGGUGGGUUUAUUUUCUGUGUCUUCAUGGUUAUGAUUUGGAACGAAAUGUGCCUAAUUCUCUUACUAUAUUCUCUUCCUAAGUCUGAAUGUCUUGUUUACUUCUUAAGAGAUGUCACACAAGUGUCUUCAUUGGCCUUGAGGAAAUUUAUACAGAGUUGCCUUACAAAAUCAAAGAACACCACAGAUUUUUGCCUUGAUUUUUUUUUAAUAGGGAAAAGGUUUUGUCAGAUGUUUUCUGAAGAUCCAGAUAAUUUAAGGCAUGCCUCUGGCACUUAAAUAUUAUUUUUAAUAACCCACAUCAUUGCUUGCUGCCAAAUAUUGUAUUAAAUGGAAAUCUUCAUUUCAGUUUUAUUGUCUGGAAAGGGCACUUGAUAGAGCACAACAGCAACCAAAGAAAGCAUCGUGGAGUGAAAAAGACUGGGUUUGGUUUGGUUUUAUCUGAAGCUGCAUCGGCAUGUAGUUUACUUGGUGAAGAUCCUCUGGUUAGUCCCUCAAGUGAGGUUAGGUUGGUCAGAGGAAUCCUUGUUCAGUUGUUGGCAGUGGUUGGUAUAAAGCAGAAGGAAGUAAGAUCACCUUAAUACCAGAAGUGAUUAGAAGUGUUGAUUUGAAUUGACUCAUAAUUUUUUGUAAGCGGGAAUGAGUAAAUCCUGACUUCCAGUGUAUACAAUAUUUGUAUUUGUGCUUUUGGUAAAAAUGUGUCUUCAGCAUUAGUACACAUAUCCGGUGAUGCCUUACUUAUAUGAAGAGAAGAAGUUACCAAGUUAUGUUCUGAAACUCAGAUCCCUUAUUUGAGAAACCCUCAAAUUGGUGCUUUCAUUAUAUAAUGAUACAUUUAGACAAAAACCCCAAACCAGGCCAUCUGAAACAAGAGUCUCUCCAUUGCAAUUUGUAGCACUGUUAUUUCUGUAUAUGUAAUGAGAAGGUUAAAUAUCAGUGUUAACUCUUAAUUUCUUGUUUGAAUCCAUGAAAUCAUGCCUGUAAAGCUGAAACAUUUGUAAUAAAGUCCCCUAAUAAACCUAGAGAAAGUCACUCUGUUACCUUUUCAUUUCUUUUGAGUUUUAAUUGAGGCAUCAAGAACAGAACUUUUCCGUGUCUUUUUCAAGUGGAAAUCUGACUUUUUCUCUCUUUCCCAUCAUUUCAACACAUUAAGUGAUAUUUGUCACAGGUGAUCUGUCCUUGUGUUUGUGCUGCUGGACUAAAAGUAGUGCUUUUUGCUUUUUUUUUUUUUUUUUUGGUCUUUAAUUAAGAGAAGAGGAUACAGGUUGGCUUUUCCGUGUAGUGAACAUGAGAAGGGGAGAGGGACUGUAUGUGAGCAGGUGUCUGUGUCUCCAGGUUCCAAAGACGCAGUACCUGCCCAUUGUGUUACGGUACAAGGUUAGGGCUUAACAGAUUUAUACCCAAGGUGAAAGUGUAAGUCUAAACCUGAACAUUUGAAACAAGUUGAACUUCAUGGCUUUUUCAAGUACCAUCACGUUGCUCUUAGCCUUAGGCUGUUAGGUGAAUUUGAAGAACAGUGUUUGUACCACUAGCAUUUUUACGUCUGUACUUGAAUGUAUAGUUAGCAUUUAAAUAACUGUGUUCACUCUUGUGGCAUCUAAGCCUAACCAUCUGACUUCAAAUGCCAGAGCUUAUAUGAACAAAAAGUGUUAAUGAUAGGGCAGUAGGUUCUGGGUCGAUAAAGAGAUUUUGUCAUCUGUCCAAAUCUGCUGUUGAUAGUGAUGAAAUAGGCGAGGCCCACUGCACACACUUGCAGUCAGUGAAUGUCAUGAUGCUUACAUGGUAUCUGAUAGGGGUCUGUCUUUGGAAAGCUUGUUUAUGAUAUUUCUUGCCAUAGUAAGUGCUGCAUUUGUCCUCAGUCAUGCCUAUUUGAUGAUUCUAGGAGAAAAAAGGGGGCGAGUAGGGGGUAAUUCUUAGAACGUGUAUGUAACGGUGCAACCAACUAUACCGUUUGCUCUUUAUUUACCUCUAAUUCGAAAGCAGGAUCGCAAAAUGUUUGAGUGGCUUUCCUACACUGCUCCCCUGGUGAGAGCUCCUUCACCACAGAAGCCUUAUCAAAAAGUGUAUUUUGUAACAACCUCCUAGACACUGUACCUAACAAAACAUGAUUUGUAUUAGCUCUGACUGUAUUUGCGGUUUAGGAUUUUUUUAUACAUAUAUCUUUUUAUAACUUUCCAGGAACUGAGCAUUAUCUGAUAUUGUUGUAAAUUUUUUUUUUUUUGCUCUCAGUGCUUUAGUUCAGGGUUGGCAAUAAAUUAUUUCUAAAGGAGGUCUGACAGUGUUGCUUUGAUUUUAUAAAAUGAGUGGCUAGUCAUUACGGCUUUUUUACUUUUGUACAUAUUUUGCAAACAUUUUGCCGCUUGCUAUUAAUAUUUGCUCUGUAAAAAUUACUGAUGUUUAAUAAACAUUUAUAAACUAUUCC